UUCAUCUUAUCGCAUUAUUUGUUGACUAUAUCGUGGUCUUUAAGAUAUGUUGUGUACUCGUUGAGAUGCUCAUAAGCAAAGCUGUUUAACACGCUUUUUUGUUGCAAGCAAUUUAAAGUACUGAUGUAGAUCUGCAUUAAUUUAACAAAUUGAUAUAGUGCGGAACAUUAAAGACAUAUUUCCGAUACACUUACGAAUUUUGAGCUACUGUUAAAUAUACUUUGCUCGGAUAUGCUGUCUUGAAUUUAUUGCCGAUUUACUUUGAUUGAUUGAACCAAAACCGUAUAAAUCAGAGAACUCCUACUAGACUUAAAUCCCCCUCAAUGAGGUCCAAAGACUACAACUCGCUAUAAUACGGUAACCUGUUUUUUUUUUCUUAACAUGCAUCCCAAAGAUGAAAAGGGGAUCCCUCGGCUUGAAGGGUUUACUUUAUUGCUGCAGGAAUAUAAUUAUCCGCAAGCAACAUUUUGCCAUUAGCCGAUUAGUCACUGACAUGAAAUCUGACAGAGAAGCCGUUGCAUGCUUUUUAGUGUUUGUGGGAAACAAUUUCGGAAACAUUUAAUCGCGUUUACGAUAAGUUUUUCGCAUUUGCGAUUAAGCGAACACGCUACAUCGGAAUGCUCAUCUCUGGCGGUGACCAAGUGCUCUCAUCCAAGGUCGAGGUGUCUACAAAUUGAUACACAAGGCAGCUUACAUUUGAUGCAUUUGUUUAGAUUAGAUAAUUGUUGAAAUAGUAUUACUUCUGCUAUGUUUUGCCGGCCACACGCUCAUUUUUUGUUUCAAUUAUUUGCUUCCUCCGUUGAUGAGCCGUUUUUGCGUUUUAUUAACCCGUGGGACAAAAACACGGGCCGAGAAUAGCAGUAAUUUUACGACUUUAACAAAGGUGAUACUAAAGGUGAUUGUGUUAAAAUGAGAGAGCACCCUCCGCUCGGGAUCCUGUCUUCAAAAAAUGUCAACUUUUCUUAUAAAACGCGAUCAACCUAAUGUUACCGCUGUCUGGUCUGGUGUCGCUUCUUGGCCUGUAGGCGGACGUUGUUUUGAAUUUAAAGACUAUGGAUACAAUCAACCAUUAAUAAAGUUGUAUCCUAAGUGUGAAAAUGAUGCAGCUUUCGAAUAUUUGGUGUAUGAUGAUAAUAAGAAUGUUAACUUCACGAGCAACGUAACAGAUGAAUAUGGUUACUCAGCAGAAUUCGGAGACAUCGUCAUUCUCAAUGGUUCUGAAUAUGUUCAUUCGAAGGGUGUAUUUAGUCCCAUGUUCAACGAUUCAUCGAUUAAAGAGAUUACGAUUACAUUACCCCAAGCUGGAAAUUACUGUUUGUGGAUCCAAUCUCUGAAGAACACGACACACAAGUACAAGGACUAUAAGGUGAAGUUUUCGAUGUUUGGUGCAUAUGCCGACGUCGCAAUGAAAAUUUCUGCUGCUUUCCGCGUCACGCCGCUUCUGCUGCCUGUUCUUUUAUCUGUUCUCUUAACGCUUUGGUUCAUAAACUAAAUUAAUAAUUCAUCGUUGUGUAGGAGUACAAAUUGGCAGUAGCAUAUUUGUGAGACAUUGUUGAUAGUAAUGAUCAGUGACUUGUCAAAUGCCAAAAGCGCAGGUGUCUUAGAGUUAUCAUUGUCGGCGGCCAAUAUAAGAAGUCAAGAUUUACCAGAGUUUUGAGUGUUACAAAUAGUUGACGUGCUAACCUAUAUUCCGG